AUGGAGAUCUGCCCCAUGGAGCUGAAGAACAUCCUGGACGACGUCUGCAGAAAGAGUGGAGUGGCGAUCGGCGAGGGCGGCUUCAGUAUCGAGACGUGUCGCAGCAUGGUGGCUGGGAUCUUUGUCAAGUUCGACCGGGACAGGUCUGGGUGCAUCAGUGAGCAGGAGCUGCCUUCAGCACUGUCGGCAGCAGUGCACAGGAUGGAGCUGCCUCUGCACCUGACCGCCCCCCCCAUCCCCCCCAUCCCCCCCAUCCUCCCCAUCCUCCCCCCCUCCCCCAUCCCCAUCUGCACCGGACCUGUCCACGUUCAGCGUCCACUGGUCCACGUUCUGUAG